GGGGCUGCUCCCGGAAGCAGCCGGUGCCGAGGGAGACUUGGGAGGGAGCUCGCAAUUGUGAGGGGUGGGGGAGCACGGGUCCUGGCCCCGCGGGUGGGCACGAUGCGGCUGGGCUCCGGGACCUUUGCCGCCUGCUGCGUAGUGAUCGAGGUGCUCGGGGUCGCGCUCUUCCUUCGGGGAUUCUUCCCGGCUCCGGUUCGUUCCUCUUCUAGGACGGAGCACCAAGCAGAGCCCCCAGCGCCCGAACCCUCCACUGGAGCCAGUUCCAACUGGACCAAGCUCCCACCACCCCUCUUCAGUAAAGUUGUUAUUAUGCUGAUAGAUGCCUUGAGAGAUGAUUUUGUGUUUGGGUCAAAGGGUGUGAAAUUUAUGCCCUACACGACUUAUCUCGUGGAAAAAGGAGCAUCUCACAGUUUUGUGGCUGAAGCAAAGCCACCUACAGUUACUAUGCCUCGAAUCAAGGCACUGAUGACAGGGAGCCUCCCUGGCUUCAUCGAUGUUGUCAGGAACCUCAAUUCCCCUGCACUGCUGGAGGACAAUGUGAUCACACAGGCAAAAGCAGCUGGGAAAAGAAUGAUCUUUUAUGGAGAUGAAACAUGGGUGAAAUUAUUCCCACAGCAUUUUGUGGAAUAUGAUGGAACAACCUCAUUUUUUGUGUCAGAUUAUACAGAGGUGGAUGAUAAUGUUACAAGGCAUUUGGAUAAAGUAUUAAAAAGAGGGGAUUGGGAUGUGCUAAUCCUCCACUACCUUGGGCUGGACCACAUCGGCCACAUUUCCGGGCCCAGCAGCCCCCUGAUCGGGCACAAACUCAGCGAGAUGGACAACAUCCUGAUGAAGAUCCACACCUCGCUGCUGUCCGAGGAAAGAGAGAAUCUUUCGCCCAAUUUGCUGGUUCUUUGUGGUGAUCAUGGAAUGUCGGAAACAGGAAGUCACGGGGCCUCUUCCAUGGAGGAAGUUAACACCCCCCUGAUCUUAAUCAGUUCUGCAUUUGAAAGAAAGCCUGGUGACAUCAGACAUGCAAAGCAUGUUCAACAGACUGACUUGGCUGCAACCUUAGCAAUAGGCCUUGGUCUGCCGAUUCCAGAGAACAGCGUUGGUAGUCUCCUGUUCCCCUCCAUAGAAGGGAGACCAGUGAGAGAACAGUUGAGGUUUUUACAUUUAAAUGCAGUGCAGCUCAGCAAAUUGUUGCAAGAGAACGUGCCAUCAUACAAAAAAGAGCCUGGGUUUGAGCAGUUUAAAAUGGCAGAGAGGUUGCAUGGGAACUGGAUCAGACUGUACUUGGAGGAAAAUACCUCGGAAGUCCUGUUCAACCUGGGAACCAAGGUUCGCAGGCAGUACUUGGAUGCCCUGAGGACUCUGAGCCUAUCCCUGAGCAGACAGGUGGCUCAGUACGACAUCUACUCGAUGCUGGUGGGGACCGUCAUGGUUCUGGAGGUUCUAACCCUGCUCCUGCUCAGCAUCCCGCAAGCACUGAGCAGCAAGGCUGAAUUGGAAGUUCCUCUGUGGUCGCCUGUGUUUUCUCUGCUGUUUUAUUUGAUGUUUCUGGUUCUUUCUGCUCUUCACGUCAUUGUGUGCACCUCAGCUGAGAGUUCCUGCUAUUUCUGUGGCCUCUCCUGGCUGAUGGCAGGUGGAGUGAUGGUGUUGAUCUCCGCACUGCUCUGUGCGGUUGUGUCUGCUCUUGCCAAGAUGUUUGCCAGCGGAAAGCUCCUGAGCAAGAAUCCAGCCCAUCCAAACUCACGAUGGUCAGAGUUGGAUGUUGUUAUCUUGUUGGGGACCAUGGGCCACGUGCUGAGUCUGGGCGCAAGCAGCUUCAUCGAGGAAGAGCACCAGACCUGGUACUUCCUCGUUAACACCCUGUGUCUGGCUCUGUGUCACGAAAUCUACAGAAACUGCGUUCUGGGCGACGACUGUGAGCCCCGGCGAUGCUCGCACGGGGAGCGGGGGUUUGUCAACACUGCACCAGCGUUACCGGACAGGAGCAUCGGCCAUGACGAGCUAGAGCCCCACAGAGCGUCUAAGAGCCCCACUUCCCUUAACACGCUCAGAGGCUGGGAGAAGUGGAUGGCGAUGGCAAGCCCCUGGGUGAUACUUACCUGCUGCCGGCUGCUGCGGUCACUAAACCAGACGGGUGUGCAGUGGGCCCACCGGCCUGACCUGGGGCACUGGCUCACCAGUUCUGAUCAUAAAGCUGAGCUCUCCGUUCUGGCCGCCCUCUCACUCAUCAUGAUUUUUGCGCUGGUGCAGAGGAGGUGCUCCCUGACGUCAAAAGUAGCCAUGGCACUUGGCCUCCUGGGUGUCUACUGCUACCGGGCAGCCAUUGGAAAUGUCCUGUUCCCAUGGCAACGAGACAGCAAAGACAUUUCCAAGGCAACUCCAACAACAUAGCCACGGUGGACAUCUCAGCGGGCUUCGUGGGCCUGGACACCUACAUGGAGGUCCCAGCUGUGUUCCUGACCGCAUUUGCAACGUUCGCAGGACCCGUGCUGUGGGCCAGCCACUUAGUGAGCUUCCUGAGCUCAGAAACCAGCAGGUGAAGCUGUUCUUUGUCUCUUAGCACAAACUCUGAUGGCAGGUCGGCCGUUUAAAGAGAGUACCUUAUUCCAGAUACAGGGUUCCAGACCCCAAGGGGCUAAAAGUCUUCAUGCAUUCUCCUUUCCGCAAAUAAGAAUGAACAGUCCACAGCAUGUGAGCCAGAGGCAGGUGCAGGUCAGGUCUGUGGCCACCCGGGCCCUGUGUCGGGAUGAUGGGGAGGCCACAGGGGCAGCCAGCUUCUGCUGCUCUCUUCCAGCCCAUACCAGGGUAUGGUUUCCAGGGACCCUUCUCGGUUUCUUUGCUUGCUGGUGGCCUUAUUGGCCACCCUUCGGGCCCAAAGACCAGACAUGCUGGCUCUCACCUCCAGGACCCCUGCUACAGAGGAGCCUGCACAGGCCUGAGGGGAUGCCGUCAGGGGGUGCAUACUCUGGGGCCGUGCCGUGCCCUGCCACCGAGAGGCCCCAUCGGGCUCCACCUGGUGGCCCGCCCCUCUGGCCAGCCCAUGGGGCAGCCUACCCCAUCCUCCUGCCCACCAUGCUCCUCCCUGCUUCCUCAUCUGUUUCUGCAUUGGCCCUCCCAGAAAGAAGGCUUCAUAAGGCAGGGGCUUCCCAGUCUGUGUACCACGGUAACCUCAGCGCCUGGGUCCGGCCUGGCAGAGUGCAGCCUGAGGAGCCUGUGGCCUGCCUGAUUCUGCACUUUCCAAAUAGGCCCAGACUCUCCCUUCUGUAAAACGGUGUGAUGGUAUCACCUCCUGGGGGGUGGGGCCUAUGUGAGGAGUCCCACGGGUGCUGGAGGUGGUGUCAGCAGCCGUGCAACGUGUGUCGGGGCUCUCUCAGUGCCCCAGUCCCAAAAGCACCGUUGCCUUUCUUAAGCUACUCAGUAACACCCCACAGGCGUGGUCUCCCCUCUGAAAGCCAACGUCUGGCUGAGGUGCUAGACCAGCCCCCACAUGCUGAGUGGGCUGUGUGGAACAUGCGGGGCAGGCCCCAGAAGGACAAUAUUCCUGCCAAAUGUCCCGCUGUGUCCCCAGUCCUACAGGGGGAUGUCGCUUGCGGGAGGUUGAGGCCUCCUGUCCCUGUUACCCCUCUAGACCCCCACUCCUCUGCCCCCCCAUUAGAGUGCAGCCCCUGCUGUGGUGACUGCUGACCCAUGUCUGAACUUCCCGGGACAUGCUCAGGUCCCACCUCUCAGGACAGCACGUACUUCAUGGGAAGCCUCUCGUCCUCACCCCAGACCAGCUCCUGAGACUCAGGCCUCAGGGACCCUCGACUUCUGCCCCCAAGUUCGUGUCCACGGGCCAGCAUCUUCUCCCAUUCCACAGUCACGUAAGGGGUGGAGGGGAGUGUAGGAGUGAGUGAGGUGAUACCCUCAAGUCGAAGUUUAGGGCAAGAAAGCAAGUAAAGGCUUCACCUGUGGAGAGCAGGCUUCCUACUCCGGGGACCUUCUGGCCGCCCCUCUGAAUUGCCACGGUUGAUGUUUGGCUUCCCAAAUGUGGGAGUCUCAUUUCUCCAGCUGGCUCUAGGUUUCCUGAGGGGAGAUGCCUACAAGUCAGUGUGUUUUCCUCGGAUGCACUCUUGGGGCCCGUCUGUGGAUAGUCACUGCUCGUCUGAUGGUCAGCGCCUGCAAGCCCAGGCACUGCUGGCUGGAGCAGAGGCACGUGGGGGCCGCUGCACUGCCCGCGCUAACCUGCAGGCUCUCGUGCUGCCUGUGACCCUGCGUGGGCCACGAGACCACUACCGACCUGUUGGUUCUCUCCCUAGCAGGCUCCUAGAUGUCUCUGUGACCAGGGUCAGGUUGGGUUGGGAGGCCUCGGUCCUCGUCAGUGCCGUCGUGUGUCGGGGACCCAGGGGGCCUUGAGUUGGCAAGACGUGCUCGCCUCUGCCUCGGAGAGCUUGACUGCCUUAGUGCACGUGGCUCUGCUAAGCACACCGAGUCUGGUCUGCAGACCAGCUGAACAGGUGGGCCAGGGAGGAUGAGGGCCAGACAGGGAGAGCCUAGGCUUCUGUGAAGGGCAGCUUCUCUGGUGCUGGGAUCGCAGUUUGAUUUUCCUGACACUUUUCAUCUAUCUGUAUUGGGGAGAAAAAAAAAAAAGCAUUUUUUUUUAAGUAAGCUGAAAGCAUUUUAAUCAACUGCAGAGUAUUACGUGACGUUUUCCCUAAUUAAGAAAUGUUUCUCUUUUAUUUUAGAAAAGGUUUUGCUUUUUCUUUUUUAAAAGCUUUUACUUUUGCGUCAAGCUCUACUCAUUGGUUUUUGGAGUUGUUUUGUUUCAGUCAAGUAAGAAAACUAAACAGAAAAUAUUGCUAGUGGCUCAGAAACUGGGCCCUGGGUGUUCAUGACCCUUGGCUACAGGGGCUGGCUUCGGGUCUAGAGCCUGGUGGCACGGGAAGCCAUGCCGAGCUAGGCUGUGAGGCCUUCAUUCACUCCCUAGAGUGCCCGUCAUCUUAGCUGAGGUUGUGGGAAUGGUGACCCCCUGGAUGUUGCUAUGGAAGGAAGAAGCCAGAGUUUUCUAACUAGGUCAUGUUUACUAUGUGUGAAAUUGUGGCAAGCUCCAGCUUCCGUCCUGUCUGCUCAAGAAGGGAGCGAGGUCCGCAGGCUCUUAGCUAAGCACGGACUCCAUGGCACUCCCCAAGAGAGGGGUAGCAGAGCCAUGGGCCACAAGUAUUCAUCCAGGAAGCUGUUCCCAAGAGUUUCACCGGUAUUGGUGCAGUGGCCCUUGAGGGACGUAAUGAGAUAAUGCCUCAGGGCCCAGCUCCCUGGAGGUCCUCGGCCUAAUGGACUGGGUCUGCAGUGGGACCCGAGGUGCAGGAGCUCAUGGGCUGGUGGCCGUAGCAGAGAGAUGGGUCCGUUACUUGCUGAGCACAUCACAGAGAUGAGGCCAGAAUGGCUGGGCCCCUGAGUCUGCUGGUGUUGGUCAGGACAGCUGCCCAGAGAAGGGCAUGUGGGUGGAAGUGGUCACGAUCAGUCAAGGGAGCUGGAGAGGAGCACGUGCGAAGGGACGAGGCCACAGGAUGGCAUGCAAGUAGAAGCAGAGAGAGUAUGUUGCCUGCCGGGGAUGAUGGGGCAGCUGGAGAAUGCGGCAGGAAGGAAGGAUGGGCACCAAGGCCCAAGAUGGAGAACCAGUUAGGGCAAGGUGAGGGCACAGAAGGGGACCAGAACUGUGAGCAUGAGGGGCCAGGCAUCCUUUGGCCCUUGAAUGACUGUUUGGCUCCUCUCACUGGACGGUGAGCACACUGGGGGGAAUCUUAGAUGGCACCAGAUAGUUGUGCCUGGUCGACAGGCCCAGGGAGCCCCUUUGUGGAGCACGUAUGUGCACGCGCUCGCUCCUCUGCCUCCCAGCCUUUGCUCUACACAGAACUCAUUGCUCACCUUUCAUGUCCAGACCCUUCCCAGUAUGAGCAUGGCACCCCAAGACUCCCCUAAGCACACAGAGCAUCUACUCUGGUGGGUGUGCUUGCUCCCCACCUGGAAGUCCAGUAAUCCCAGGCCCAUGUCCGUAUCCCCAUACGAAGCACUGCUGAUGUGAGUCCUGCCCAGUGAAGAUAGCUGUGUGUGUGAUGAAGGCCACACUUCAGGAAGAGUGGGCAGCGGUGAUGUGUGGCAUAGACUGACCACAGAAAAGCCGCUUACGCUCAUUGCAGUGUUUGCGGGGAGGCGUCAGAACUAAAACUUGUCUUCUUUUUUUUAAUGUUUGUGUAUUUAUUUUUAAGACAGUGGGGGAGGGGGAGAGAGAGGGGGAGACAGAGAAUCCCAAGGAAGGCUCCACGCUGUCAGCGCAGAGCCCAACGUGGGGCUCGAGCUCACAGACCGUGAGAUCACGACCCGAGCAUGUGCUUUGAGGGCUGUUUCAUGUUUGGGCAUGUUCUUCGCGGUUCAUUUGCUUAGCAAACACUCGCAGGCCAGUGUCCCCAGACCACACCAACCAGAUGCUUCACUGGGCAGCACAAAGCAGAGCUCAAAACUUGUAUCUCAUCCAGUGGGAUUUUCUUUUCAUUGUGUUUCAUAAUAUUUGUGCUGUGUAGUAGUACAUGCACAUAAUUUUUAAACAUAACUGCAAAAGCUGGAGGGCACUUUUCAAAACUAUUCUUGCAGAUUGUGACACUAGAGAGGGACAGGUUAGCCACCUGCAGCUGUUGUCCCCUCAGGCAAGCUCCUACCCAUCAGCCUGACCAGAUCCAGACUGGGAGGCCGGGGUGGGGGCGGAGGGCCAGGAACAAGAAUUACCGUGGUCAUUUUCAAAGUAAAAAUACUGUUUGCUUUUAUGUUCAUGCUUUAUAUGAGGCAGCAGUGGCAGAUACUAAUCCAUAUUUCCCUUUUUAUUAACAGUGGUUCUGCACUGAGUCAUGCUUGCUUCUGCUACGCACUGAUCUGUUCUUUUCCAGUUUCUGCGUAUAUCAUUUUGGUGACAUCCCUGCGUUACCAUUUAUUUAUAUGGAGUGUGUUUUCUCCAAAACUUCUUUAUGAGGGAAUGCACAUCCUCAUCACAGCUGCCAUCUGUGUGUUCUUCACAGCCAUGGAUCAAACCAACACAAAGUCAUAGGCACUGGGAGAACAAUAUAUUUUUAAAGUCCAUUCACUUCAUGCAUUUGAGUAGUGAAAAAAAUCUGUUUCAAUGCGAGAACAUUCUUAAAAAUAUUGUGAAUUCUACAGAGUUGAUGAAUAGCUUCAGUUUCUUUCACUGCUAUACUUGAAUUUAGAUCAAAUAGUAAGUGAUUUGAAAGGUCACUUUAAAAUAGUUUGAAUAUGAAUCCUGUUCCCUUGUUGACAGUAACUCCAUAAACUUCUGAACUUCUAAUUUCCUCUGACUCAAAUGUAUGUGUUAUUGCGGCCUCGUGUGGACUUAAGAGAGCCCGGGAAGUCUGUGGGAGGAGGCUUACCCACUGCCGGCGUUUACCUCACAGAGCUCAGACCCUUCACUACCCUAGAAGACACUGGAGGUCUCGGGGAGCUUCGGUUAUCGUGGGUGGGUUUCAUCUAUCAACAUGAAGACAUUUCAAAACCUAGUCAUUGAAAAUAAAGAUGUAAAUUCAGUCCAUGUUAACAUAGCGUAUUUUUAAGGAAAGUAACUAUUUUUUUCCAAAAGAAAAAUACGUACUGAGGAGAGUGGCAUUGUUUCACGUUUUUGCAAAUCUCUGUCGCGUCUGAUGGCUAGAUUCUGCAAUCGUUCUGUUGUGAUAUGUGUGUUUGGUUGAAGUAGUCACACAAAUACAUGGUUGGGAAAGGGAGGAGGAGUAUUCUUUUUCUAAUCCUUGUGGAUGUUCUUUUUCAGACUCCAUUAAAACUCGACAAACAAUGGUUUCUUAAAGGUUAACUGGAGAAAAAGCAAGUGCAUGUAAAACAGGUGAAGCCCUAUUAAGGUCUGCCCCUGAGUUAGCAAUUACCUGGUUGAGAAGUUCUGGGUCUGUGUAAGAGAUAGCUGGGGGAGCUGGGGGAACUGUAUGUGGAGCUUUCUGUGCUAUUUUUGCAACUUCUUGUGAGAUUUAGACUAUUUUAAAAUAAAAGUUAUUUUAUAAAAGAAAA